GCAAGGGCCGACCCCUCUCCUGCUCCUUCUCCCGCUCCGUCCGCCGCUCGGCCCCGCCGCUCCUCCGCGGUGUGCCGACCCUUCCCCUUUCAGCCGCCCGGUUGGCCUGACUGUCCGUGCAAACCGACAACGUCUGCGUUUGUGUCAACCUUCCCGAGUGUCCCUAGCAAGUCACAGGCAGCUCCAGGCUAGCCACAGCACGUGAGAUUUCUUGCCCGGUAGCAGCACUGGUAGACAAAGCGAGCUACGGUUAGUGCAGAGUUAAAGCCAUGGCACUGAAGCAGGUUUCCAGCAACAAAUGCUUUGAGGGUUUCCAGAAGGUGUUUGAACAUGACAGUGCGGAGCUAAAAUGCAAAAUGAAAUUUGGAAUCUACCUGCCUCCAAAAGCAGAAACCGGGAAGUGUCCUGUGCUGUAUUGGCUCUCAGGGUUAACUUGCACGGAACAGAAUUUUAUAACGAAAGCUGGUUUUCAUCAAGCUGCAGCUGAACAUGGCCUUAUUGUAGUCGUGCCAGACACAAGCCCACGUGGCUGCAAUAUUGAAGGAGAAGAUGAAAGCUGGGAUUUUGGCACCGGUGCUGGUUUUUAUGUGGAUGCAACUGAAGAUCCUUGGAAAACAAACUAUAGGAUGUAUUCUUACAUAAAGGAUGAGCUGCCUAAACUAAUAAAUGCCAAUUUUCCAACUGAUCCUGAACGGAUGUCUAUUUUUGGGCAUUCCAUGGGAGGUCAUGGAGCUCUUAUUCUUGCUCUGAAGAAUCCUGGAAAGUACAAAUCUGUAUCAGCAUUUGCUCCUAUCUGCAACCCUAUUCAGUGUCAGUGGGGGAAGAAAGCCCUUGGUGGAUAUCUGGGAUCAGAUGUAAGCAAAUGGGAGGCAUACGAUGCUACACAACUUGUGAAGUCCUAUCCAAACUCUCACCUGGACAUAUUGAUUGAUCAAGGCAAAGAUGACCAGUUUCUAUCCGCAGGCCAGUUACUGCCCGAUAACUUCAUCGCUGCCUGCACAGAGCAGAAAAUCCCAGUUGUCUUUAGGCUGCAGCAGGGUUAUGAUCACAGCUAUUUUUUUAUUGCUACAUUUAUUAAUGACCACAUCAAACACCACGCAAAAUGCCUCAAUGCUUGAACCAUUUGGAUGUGAGCGUCGUUUGUCCAAUAUGAAUCAAGGGAUAGAGGUGAACUAAACAAAAAAUUAUUUGCUGACAUAGUGUCUGUAAAAUGGAGCUCUUCUCACUGUACUGCUGAGAAAAAUAAAAGUCCCACUUAAUUUGA